AUGCAAGAGCCAGUCUACAACCCGGAAUGCCCUAUGGCAAAGACCACCAUUACCUGUCAGUAUCAACUGGUCAACUGUCCCGCAACAACCAUCGCCGGCAUGCUCGUCGAAUAUCCUCCGAACGGUGCCACACCUCCUCACCGCCACGGAGGCGCCUCGGUCUUCGCCUAUGUCAUCUAUGGCUCUCUCUUGAACAAAAUGAACAACGAUCCGAUGAAAGUGAUUGACCAAGGUGGUUCCUGGUACGAGGCGCCAGGCUGUCACCAUCGGAUUAGUGCCAACGCCAGCGAGACCGAACCGGCAGUCUUCUUCGUCAAUUUUGUGAUUGACUGGGAGACGUUUGAGCGAGAGGGCCCAUCGGCGCUGGUGCAAUAUGACGCGGAAUAUAAGGAUGUCAUUACACGCAAGAUGCGGGGAUAA